AUUUUGUGUAGUCAUACAUAUUUCUCAUUCAACAUUUUAAAAAAUAAUUAUAGUAUAUAGCUUAUAUACAUGUUUGUCUCGACGGCUUGUUCGAAGAAGACUUUUGUAUUGUUGAGCAGAGCACAGUGAACAUGCCUCUAACACCAAAGCAGAAAAACACUGCCUUUGGAGUGGGUGGUGGAAUCUUCACUUCACUAUAUUCCAAUGGAUUAAGACAUCUGCCUCUAUUGGACCGUUUCCCCCGAUUCCAUCUGACCGCUGUGGCUGUUGGAGGGACCAUGGGCUACCUCGUGGGUGUAUAUGAAGAGGGUGCCAUGAGGCGCCACGAAUUGUUCCUGCAGCGUUACAGGGCGGAACGAGCACCCUUUGAGAGUUGAGGAAUUGUGGAACAAAUUCCCGAUGUCGAAUCUACUACAUUUGAACUCAGUGGGCGCCACAUCUACGUUGAAAGAUCAUGCAAAUAAAGCUAUUUUGACCCAAGAUAUACUGAUGUGUACAUGAAGUUGCUGUAGAGUGCUGUUGUAGUCCAGCACCGCUUUGCUACAGUAGACAUUUCCGUUUUACCUUCUAUGUACUUCAAGCCCUUCGAUUUUCAUCUCGUGACUCCGCCUAACCGUCUCCAGCGAGGAUAUAGCAAGUCUUCGAAACCUGAGACCCUUGGGAGUUCUUUCGAUUGCAUAUUGUUUAAAACCAAUCCAGAGUUUUCUUUACCCUUACAUGAUUUAAAUGUUGUAAAGGGGGUGCUUGCAGUCAGUAAUUUAAAUGUUAAUGCAAGGGGGGUGUUGUAGCCACAGUGUCUGCAUGCAUAGGUUAACUUCCUUCCUUGCAUGAUACGGCAGCGCGAAGCUGAUAGGCUUGGGACGAUUGUUUCUAUAUUUCCGGGACACGUGCUAAUAACAAUUGCAGGUGCGUACCACUG